GGGAUGCCAUGGCGGAGUUGAUCCUAUAUUAUAAAGUAAAAAUAUUUUUGCUUUGCAGACACUAGGUUUUUAAUUUGACUUAAUUUUUUCUUGAUAAGGUUGGACUUUUUAAUAAAAGUGAAAAAAUAGAUCCAGUUGAACCCAACACAAAAUUAUUAUUUUCAUUCUAUUUGAUUCUGAGGAACCAUAUGCUGGAUCUUCGAAAUCCAAGGUUCCAUGCCAAUGGAAAAUACUGUUAGCACAUCAUUUUGCUGGAGGGAGCAUCAUAAAAUCAAUUUAAAAGAUUAGGUUGAAAUAUUUGUAAUUAACUUAUUAUAUGUCCAAUUUUAAUUAAUUUUCGUCAUGUGUUAUAAAUAGCAAGUUAGUCAUGCAUUUCGUAUACAUACCGGCUUAUAUUGUUUAUUAAAAAUAAGUUGUACAGUUUGCUCAGUAUCAGUUCGAAAUAAACAAAUCAGUUCAAGUUCAUCCUCAGACGGAGGAGCACUGUUCAUUUAUAUUACUUGAUACGAACAUUUAAUAAAAAAAAAAAUAGUGCGUCAAAGAGAUAUUAAGUUAUACUUAAAACUCUUAUUUUCAUCGAUAUAUAAGAAUAUACGUCAAUAAUUAUUUCAAUAAUUUAUCGAAAUAAAUAACUUCGACAUAUAUUUGGUGCGGCGCUCAGCAUGAGCGAAGUGUAGUGUUUUUGUUUAACAAAAUAUAUUAAUCAAACCUGUUUUAGUGACAGUUUUAUUUCGGGAAUGCUAGACAGUAAUACUGUGUACAAGUUAUUGUUGGAGCUGCAUUCGUUGGAGUGUCCCGGCAACGUGCCCGGAAAUAUCUUCAGUUACCUCUCUACACCAGAAUAAUCCACAUUGCAGCCAUAUCGCUCGUCUGUUGUUCGGCUGUGGGAGUCUUCCGUAAACGAUGGCUCUGUCAAGGCCGCGACAGCUGCAGACGAGGCCGCGCCUGAUCAUCACUGAGCAGCCAGCUAGUAGCAAGUUAAGAUUCCGAUAUUCAAGCGAAGGCAUGUCAGGGUCGAUUCUCGGCGCGUUGAGCAGGCCAGAGAAUCCCACCUUCCCAACCAUCAAAAUAUUGGGCUAUACAGGCUUCGUGCGCAUCAUAGUGUCAUGUGUCACCAAGGAUGAGCCUUACAGACCGCACCCACACAAAUUGGUCGGCCGUGAGCACUGCCACGACGGCGUGUUCAUCGUCUGCACAGAGAUCACCGAUGAGAACAACGAGUACCAGUUCCGCAACCUCGGCAUCCAGUGCGUGAAACGAUGUGAGGUCGACGAGGCGCUAUGCAUCAGAGAAGCGAUGGAAAUCGACCCUUUCAGUACCGGCUUCAGUCAUCGCAAAAAACAGCAAUGCAUCGACAUGAGCGCAAUAAGGCUGGCGAUCCAAGUGCACCCGAUGUAUCCCAGCGGCUCAAUGCUCAAAUUUCGGCCAGUGGUGUCCCACGUCAUACACGACAAAAAGAAUGCGGGCGAGUUGCACAUCAGCUACCCGAGCCAUUGCAGCGGGCCCGCGUGCGGCGGUAUACAGGUCACAGUGUUGAGUGAGAAGGUAAUUCGCAAAAACAUUGUGGUGGUGUUCUACCAGGAUGACGAGCAGAUGUGGUGGGAGCAGGAAGCGAGCAUCAAGCGUGUACACAAGCAAGUCACGAUAUUGUUCAACACACCGCCCUACGUGUACCCCAACAUUACCAAUAAAGUCAAAGUUCACUUCCAGCUGAGAAGGCUGUCGGACGGAGCUGUAAGCAACUCGCUGCCCUACAUUUACCACCCCAACUAUGAAGUGCCAACAUACAUAGACAGUAAAAUAAGGAAGCCUCUCAAAUCCACAUCGAUCGGAUCAUUUUGCGAACAAAAUAGUCAGUAUGCUCAUAGUAUAACUCGUCCGCAACAUUCAAGCACGUCGCCGCUAUUUCAUCCGUUUUCACACGCGGAUGAAGCAAACAGAGCGACGAGCGUGGAGCACCCUCACCGCAGGUUCAUGCCGUGCAGUACUGUGUCACCGACAGCGCAUCCAAUGCACGGCCAUGCGUUAUUCGAAGGUACAAUGUACAAUGCUAUGUCGCCGUUAGGACGCCCAAUACACAGCACUGCAACAUUGGUGGAUUUCUCAAUGAAUAGUGCUGCGUCUUCGACAGCGCAUCUAUUGAACCGCGCUCCAUCAUCCUUGGAUACAGUGUACAGUGCUGUAUCGCCGCCCGGACCCUCAGUAGACAGCACUGCGACAUUGGUGGAUAUAUCACUGAACAGUGCUGCGUCUUCAACAGCGCAUCUAAUGAACCGCGGUCCGUCAUCCGUGGAUACAGUGUAUAGUGUUGUGUCGCCGCCCGGACACUCAGUAGACAGCACUGCGACAUUGGUGGAUAUAUCACUGAACAGUGCUGCGUCUUCAACAGCGCAUCUAAUGAACCGCGGUCCGUCAUCCGUGGAUACAGUGUAUAGUGUUGUGUCGCCGCCCGGACCCUCAGUACACAGCACUGCGACAUUGGUGGAUAUAUCACUGAACAGUGCUGCGUCUUCAACAGCGCAUCUAAUGAACCGCGGUCCGUCAUCCGUGGAUACAGUGUAUAGUGUUGUGUCGCCGCCCGGACACUCAGUAGAUAGCACUGCGACAUUGGUGGAUAUAUCACUGAACAGUGCUGCGUCUUCAACAGCGCAUCUCAUGAACCGCGGUCCGUCAUCCGUGAAUACAGUGUAUAGUGUUGUGUCGCCGCCCGGACACUCAGUAGAUAGCACUGCGACAUUGGUGGAUAUAUCACUGAACAGUGCUGCGUCUUCAACAGCGCAUCUAAUGAACCGCGGUCCGUCAUCCGUGGAUACAGUGUAUAGUGUUGUGUCGCCGCCCGGACACUCAGUAGAUAGCACUGCGACAUUGGUGGAUAUAUCACUGAACAGUGCUGCGUCUUCAACAGCGCAUCUCAUGAACCGCGGUCCGUCAUCCGUGGAUACAGUGUAUAGUAAUGUGUCGGCGCCCGGACAUGCAGUAGAUAGCACUGCGACAUUGGUGGAUAUAUCACUGAACAGUGCUGCGUCUUCAACAGCGCAUCUCAUGAACCGCGGUCCGUCAUCCGUGAAUACAGUGUAUAGUGUUGUGUCGCCGCCCGGACACUCAGUAGAUAGCACUGCGACAUUGGUGGAUAUAUCACUGAACAGUGCUGCGUCUUCAACAGCGCAUCUCAUGAACCGCGGUCCGUCAUCCGUGGAUACAGUGUAUAGUGUUGUGUCGGCGCCCGGACACGCAGUAGAUAGCACUGCGACAUUGGUGGAUAUAUCACUGAACAGUGCUGCGUCUUCAACAGCGCAUCUCAUGAACCGCAGUCCGUCAUCCGUGGAUACAGUGUAUAGUGUUGUGUCGGCGCCCGGACACUCAGUAGAUAGCACUGCGACAUUGGUGGAUAUAUCACUGAACAGUGCUGCGCCAUGGACUGCCCAUCUAAUUAGCCCGUUAUCCGUGGAUACAUUGUACAGUGCUGCAUCGCCGGCAGCGCAUCAAAUGCAUAGCAGGCCGUCAUCUACGGCUUCAGCUACACUAGAUGGCGAAUCAUUCAACUCGCAGAGUGAUUAUACUCAGCAAGGUUACACUUGGAGGACGGCGCAGUCGCAGUUGUCUUCGUGGGAGAUGAGCCAGUUACUGGACGACGUCAUACGGAACUACCCAGAUCUCGACUGUGACGAUGCAAUGCUAUCCUGCGGUUCCCACAAAGAUUGACUGCACCCUUGAGACUAUUCGUAGAUUUAAUGACUUCUUAUGUUUAUGCAAAUGUUAGGCAUCGAAAUAAAACUAUUAUCUGAUUGUAUUGCGAUU